AUGCCAUUGGAAAAAAGACGCAAUAUUGGUUUUGGAAUGUUGAUUGGAUUAAUUUCUUUUGUUUUUACUGUAAGUUAGCCAAGUAUGAAAAUACUAAAAAGCAUUUCCGAUCUAUAAAAUAAAGUUACAUUAACUUGUAGGUACUGUACAUUUUUUGUUUUUACGCCUUAACACGCAAGGAGUUGCGUGAAAAAAGUUGUUACAAGAUAAUGAUUAUGUUGGGAGUGUAUGACAUGAUUACUCUACCACUGACUGGCAUGUUUGCUGCUUAUCAAGCCAUUUCCGGUAUAACGUUUUGCGAUUCGCCGCUGUUACAAUACUGUAUUGGAAUGGUGGUUUUGGGUGAGAAUUUUGAAACGGGGGUUAGAGGGUUUCUUGGUGUAGUUUACACAGUCUUGUUAUUUUCUGCCAUUUUAAAUGUUUUAAGUUUUAAAUGUGUUUUCUUAUAGCAGCAUGGAUCGGUUAUUCAUGGGGAACGAUAAUACUAGCAUUAAAUCGGGUUUUGUUCACAACGCGUGCACGAGAGUAUUUUGAUGGGCGUUUUAUCUACUUAUGGCUGGCUGUGCCUCCAAUGAUUACAUUUUUAUCCAUGUGGUACCUAAAUCCAGCCAUGUUUAUUCCGAUGUAUGGCGGAUACUUGUUCAACCCAUACGCUGGACUUUUAGAAAUUGGCGAUGAUACUUGGGUAUGUAUUUUAUUCAGAAUUGUGCUAAAAGUUUUAGAAAAUUAAAACUUAAAGAUAUAAUGAUAACUGUUACAGUAUGACAACCCAAAACACACCGCAAGUGACUUUGUUUUUAUGGCCGUGUUACCGAUGAUAUAUGCUUAUUUUUAUUUUAAAAACAAGUAUUUUUUAAGUAAAGGUGGAGCUGUUUCUUCAACCGGCAACUCAAAACGGGAAAAAAGUGUAAGCUUUAUAAUUUUAAGCCGUUCAAGUCGUGUUAUAUAACAUAUAAUACCUGCGACAUGAUCUGCAACAUGAAUCAUCUUAUAUUGUGCAUAUAACAAUUGUCUUUGAAGAUAAUUUUUUUGUUUUACUUUUGUUGAUAUUUUUAGCUGUUUAUUCAAUGUGUGCUCAUCAGUACGUUAGUGUGUGCAGCAACAGCAGGUUGCACGUUUAUGCAAAUUGUGCCUAUGCCACAUUGGUGCAUUGCUUUGUCUCACUUUUUGUGGAUUUUGGUGCAAGGCAAGUAA